AUGUCGGAAUUAUCCUUUAAGAAUAAAGUUGUCGUCGUAACAGGAGCAGGUGGUGGUCUGGGUAGGGUAUAUGCUAUUGAAUAUGCAAAGAGAGGUGCUAGUGUGGUGGUAAAUGAUCUGGGCGGUAGUUUAUCUGGUUCUGGGUCAAAUGCAAGAGCCGCUGAUGUCGUCGUAGAUGAAAUUAAAAAUAAGUUUAACGGUAUCGCUGUAGCAAAUUAUGAUUCCGUUAGUGAUAAUGGUGAAAAUAUAAUUAAAACUGCAAUCGAUAAUUUUGGUAGCAUUGAUAUUUUAAUCAAUAAUGCGGGCAUCUUAAGAGAUGUUUCAUUUGCUAAGAUGUCUCCAAAGGAAUUUGGAAUUGUUAUCGAUGUUCAUUUAAAUGGUGCCUAUAAAUUGACAAAAGCUGCUUGGCCUUACAUGAAGAAACAAAAGUUUGGAAGAAUUAUUAAUACAGCUUCUCCAGCAGGUUUAUUUGGUAAUUUUGGUCAAGCAAAUUAUAGUGCAGCAAAAUUAGGUCUUGUAGGAUUUUCUGAGACUCUAGCAAAAGAAGGUUAUAAAUAUAAUAUCAUGGUCAAUUCAAUUGCUCCAUUAGCCAGAUCAAGAAUGACCGAAAACGUCUUACCUCCUCAUAUCUUGAAACAAUUAGGUCCUGAAAAAAUUGCGCCUUUAGUAUUAUAUCUCACUCAUGAUUCUACAAAAGUUACAAACUCAAUUUUUGAAUUAGCUGCUGGCUUUUAUGGUCGAAUUAGAUGGGAAAGAUCUUCUGGACAAAUUUUUAAUCCAAAUGAAAAAUAUUUCACUCCAGAAGCAAUAUUAAAUAAAUGGAGUCAAAUCACCGAUUUUCAAGAUAAAACUUUUAAUAAAACUCAACAUCCUUAUCAAUUAUCAGAUUAUAAUGAUUUAACAACAAAAGCUAAAAGAUUGCCUUUUGAAAAUGACCAAGGGUCCAUUAAGGUUGAUUCUUUGAAAGAUAAAGUCGUGAUAAUAACAGGUGCAGGUGGUGGUUUAGGUAAAUCUCAUGCAAUUUGGUUUGCCAAGUAUGGUGCAAAGAUUGUAAUAAAUGAUAUAAAAGAUCCUGCUAGUGUGGUGGAGGAAAUUAAUCAACGCUACGGCUCCAAAACAGCAAUAGCUGAUACUCAUAAUAUUAUCACCGAAUCACAACAAAUAAUUGAAAAUACUAUUAAAGAAUUUGGGCGUGUUGAUGUGCUCAUAAAUAAUGCUGGUAUCUUACGUGAUAAAUCGUUUUUAAAAAUGACUGAUGAAGAAUGGUAUUCUGUACUACAGGUUCAUUUAUUUGCAACUUUUGCAAUGUGCAAAGCUGUCUGGCCAGUCUUCUUAAAACAGAAUUCAGGUUAUAUUAUUAAUACAACCUCAACAUCAGGUAUUUAUGGUAAUUUUGGACAAGCAAAUUAUGCUGCUGCUAAAGCUGCAAUCUUAGGAUUUUCAAGAACCUUAGCAAUCGAAGGUCAAAAGAAAAAUAUCAAAGUCAACGUCAUUGCACCUCAUGCCGAAACUGCAAUGACAAAGACAAUUUUCAGUGAAAGAGAGUUAAGAAAUCAUUUUGAUGCUUCUCAAGUAUCUCCAUUUGUUGUUUUGUUAGCAUCUGAGGAAUUACAAAAAGUUGUUGGUAAGAAAGGUGUAAAUGGCCAAUUGUUUGAAGUUGGAGGUGGUUGGUGUGGUCAAACUAGAUGGCAAAGAUCACCAGGAUAUGUCUCUUUAGAUCCUCAUAUUACUCCUGAAAUAAUUAAAGAACACUGGAAUCAAGUUACUAGUUUCCCCAAAACUAAGUCAAUCAAUCCAAGUUCUACACAAGAAUCUUCCAUGGCUAUCCUACAAUCUGUUCAAAAAGCGGUGGCUGAAAUGUCAUUAGGUGGUGGUGAUAGUGGUGAUUCUGGAAGUAAUACCAAUCCAAACGAUCGUAUUUUCAGUUAUUCUUCAAGAGAUUGUAUACUUUAUAAUCUUGGCGUCGGUGCUACAAGUAAAGAACUUCAAUACGUUUAUGAAAAUGAUGAUAAAUUCCAGGUAUUGCCAACGUUUGCUGUUAUCCCUGGUAUGAAUGCAUUAGCUUCAAUUUCAAUGGACGAAUUGGUUGAUAACUUCAACUUUGCUAUGCUAUUACAUGGUGAACAAUAUUUCAAAUUAAAUCAAUUUCCAAUACCUACUAAGGGUAAAUUAAAGACUUCAGGUGAACCUUUGCAAGUAUUAGAUAAAGGCGGUAAGGCAGCCGUUGUUGUGGGGAAAUUUCAAACUAUGGAUGCAAACACAAAGAAACCAGUUUUCUAUAACGAAUCAACUGUUUUCAUUAGAGGUGCCAGUGUGCCUGGGAACAAACAAAUCAAUAAAAUUAAUGAAAGAGAGAAAUUCGCUAUUCAGUCAUUCAAAGUACCAACGGAUAGAAAACCUGAUUUUGAAGCUGAAUUUGAGACAGCAAAAGAUCAAGCUGUACUUUAUAGACUAUCUGGUGAUUAUAAUCCAUUACAUAUUGAUCCAAUGGUGGCACAAUCGGUUAAGUUUCCUAAGCCAAUAUUACAUGGACUAUGCACGCUGGGUAUAACGUCUAAAAUUUUAUUUGAAAAAUUUGGUGUGUUUGACGAAUUAAAAGUUAGAUUCACUAGUUUUGUCUUCCCGGGUGAUAUAUUGAUAAUUAGAGCUUGGAAAAUUCCAAAUACUAAGAUCAUUAUUUUCCAAACAUUCGAUAAGUGUAGGGAUGUCACUGUACUAGAUAAUGCAGCAAUUAAGCUAGUCGAUGACACUGUAAAAUCAAAAUUAUAA